GGAAGCCGAAGGGGACCUUCUGGGCAGGCGGCACGCGCGCCGUCAGGGGGAGGGGCGUGGCCUCGAGGGUGUCCAACGGGCCCAGCAGGCGGCCGGGAAGGUCAGGAGGAACCGCAGCCGUUGCCGCCGCCGCCGCCGCGCCCGAUUUCAAAAUGGCCUCCAUGCUGACCUGCGCCCUCAAGACCCUUCCGUCCGUCUCGCCUUGGGCCGCUGCCAGAUUCUCUCUGAGAUCCCUAAGUUGUUCAUCCCAGCUCCAUGCAGCAGCCCAGACGAAGAGUAAGAAAACAUUAGCCAAAAAUGGAGUGAAGAAUAUUGUGGUGGUGGAUGGCGUUCGCAUUCCCUUCUUGCAUUCAGGAACCACGUAUUCAGACUUGAUGCCACACGACUUGUCCAGAGCUGCACUGAAGGGCCUCCUCAAUCGGACCGAAGUCCCAAAGGAAGCCGUGGAGUACAUCAUCUUUGGCACGGUCAUCCAGGAGGUGAAAACCAGCAAUGUUGCUAGAGAGGCUGCCUUGGGGGCCGGCUUCUCGGACAAGACCCCCGCCCACACGGUCAGCAUGGCAUGCAUCUCCUCCAACCAAGCCAUCACGACAGGUGUCGGCCUCAUUGCCUCCGGGCAGAUGGACGUGGUGAUCGCUGGUGGUGUGGAGCUGAUGUCGGACGUCCCCAUCCGGCACAGUCGGAAGAUGAGGAAGACCAUGCUGGGACUCUCACGGGCAAAAACCUUGGGCCAAAGGCUGUCGCUCAUCUCCAGGAUCCGCCCUAAUUACUUUACUCCUGAGCUCCCGGCCGUGGCCGAGUUCUCCACCAACGAGACCAUGGGCCACUCGGCGGACCGUCUGGCGGCCGCCUUCGCCAUCUCCCGCUUGGAGCAGGACGAGUAUGCUUUGCGGUCCCACAGCCUGGCCAAGAAAGCCCAGGACGAAGGGCUCCUGACGGACGUGGUGCCCUUCAAGGUCCCGGGCAAGGACACCGUCCUGCAGGAUAACGGAGUCCGUCCAUCUUCGCUGGAGAAGAUGGGUCAGCUGAAGCCCGCCUUCAUCAAGCCCUACGGGACGGUCACUGCUGCCAACUCCUCUUUCUUGUCGGAUGGGGCCUCGGCGGUCCUCUUGAUGUCCGAAGAGAAGGCGCUGGCGCUGGGGUACAAGCCGAAGGCCUACCUCCGGGAUUUCGUCUACGUCUCCCAGGACCCCAAGGAUCAGCUCCUGCUCGGGCCAACAUACGCAACUCCGAAAGUGCUGGCGAGGGCUGGCCUCACCAUGGCAGACAUCGACGUCUUUGAGUUCCACGAAGCCUUUGCAGGGCAAAUUUUAGCAAAUUUGAAAGCGAUGGAUUCAGACUGGUUUGCCCAAAACUACAUGGGCAGAACGUCUAAGGUUGGAGCUCCCGCACUGGACAAAUUCAACAACUGGGGCGGGUCCCUCUCGCUGGGGCAUCCCUUUGGCGCCACCGGCUGCCGCUUGGUGAUGACGACGGCUCACAGGCUGAAGAAGGAAGGAGGGCAGUAUGGCCUAGUGGCUGCUUGUGCUGCUGGAGGACAGGGCCAUGCGAUGCUGGUGGAGCUCUACCCGCAGUAAUGGCAGAAAAGUGCUGCCACCAAGGGGCUAACUCUGCUGUGAGCCCAAUGUCCUGCACCAGCGCACGAAUCCUGAAAUCCGUCUAUGGUCCUCCCGGGAAGGAGACCCCCACCCCCCACCACAAGUGGCCUUUGUAAAUAUCUUCUAGUCUCUUGCAGCACCUGAUUGAAAAGUUGCUGAAUGGACAUUCCCCAACUUCCAUUUCAAUAUUCAUGUCAAGAAGGAUGUGUGUGUGUGUGUGUGUAAUAGUCUCGACCCAGCAUGUGCCACGGUGAGCCCUUUCUCCUCGUAUGAAGAGCAUAAGAUUUGGACUGUUCCUGUUCUGAAAGCCGGUGUCUCUCCAGCGACAGUCGGUCCAGUUUUUUAAAGCAGAGCCGGUCGUAUGGAGGAGUGUCGCUUUUUAAAAGAGGGCUGCAGCUAUGCCGAGGUUUUCCCCUUCCCUUUCGCACCUGAAGACCCAUAGGAAAGGAAGCAGGCCAUGAACAGUGUUGGGUAGGGUGUCCUGCCGUACCUACCAGCCUUAAUAAACGAGCAAAAUCUGAUUA